GGGCCCACGCUAAAAAGUCCAAUAUCCCUCUGCUCCAUUUUAUCUCGUGAUUCUCGUCUCCGUUUUCCCUGUUCGAUCUUCUCCUUAUCCUAAAGCCCCAGUUGCAGAGAGAGAAACACAGAGGAGAGAUGUGGACCGACCUUCUUUUGCAGGCAGGUUUGAUCCUCCUAACCAUCUUCAUGUUCCUCGUUAUGCACAACAUCCCCCAAAAGUUCCUCACCAAGCUCCGUUACCGGAACCGCGCCGAUUUCCAAGCCAAGCGCCACUUCGUCCUCGGUGCCCAGCUUCUCGCCCAAGCUAGAUCUUCCAACUCCCGCUCCUCCGCCAUCUCCUUAGCCAAACAAGCCGAAUCUGAAGCCAACUUAGCCAUUUCUCUCGACUCCAAAGACGCCGCCACUCAUAUCCUCAAAGCCCUCGCUCUGGAUCUCCAGGGAUUCAAAUCUUCUGCCCUUGAAUCCUUUGAUACGGCCCUCCGGCCGCCGGCUGCCAAGUCGUUGAGUGAUGCGGAGAGAGGGGAUGCUCUGCUCAAGCGAGCGGAGCUGAAGAUAUCAAUGAGCCGGCGCGGUAACAGGGAUGACUCUGUGAUUGAGGAUUUGACGGCGGCAGUGGAAUUGAGUCCGGAUAACGCCAAGGCGUUCUGCUUGUUGGGAGAGUGUUAUGCGGCGAAGAAGAUGAGAGAUGAAGCUAAAGCGGCUUACGAGCAGGCAAUUAGGAUCCAGCCUGGCUCGGACAAGGCUCGAGCCGCGUUGGAUCGAUUGGGCUCGUAAUGGGUCUCCACUUCUGGGUCCGGGUCUUUUCUUUUUCUUUUUUUAAAUAUUGUUUUGACGAAGUUAAGCAGGAGAAUGCAAAAUUCAAGAUUUUGAACUUUGAAGCGGUAAUGAUAUCCGAUCCAUAAAUCGAAGAUGCAGUGUUUGUGUUUGUCUUUUUGAAUCGCACGCGAUAAAUGUAGAUGUAUUUA